AUGGAGGUCAUAGCUCUCUACAAGCUUGAAUCUCGUGGGAUAAACUUCCUCUGCUGGAGGAUGGCCUGCCGGUACCGGAAACUUACUGUCGUGAACUUGGAUCCGGAAAGAAAGCGAAGCGGGGGGUUGAGAACUAAACAGGCAGGGAGAGGAUCGUGCCGUGGUAGUUAG